AUGGCCAUGUCUAUCUCUGAUUUCUGCGGACGGCCAUCUGUGCUAUUACUUCUGGCAUUCUUCGCCACCCUAAGCCAUGGCUCAGGACACACAUUCGACACACUUGGUCUUCUCCCAAGAUCCUCAGACUCAUGUCCCACAUCAUACGUGAGCUGCAGCAACACAAAGCUACCGGAAGAUUUUUGCUGUCCCUCGGACUCCACUUGUAUCAGUCUAGACGACGCUAGCUCUGCCAUCUGCUGCCCUGCCGGCAAGGACUGUGACUACAUCACACCGAUUACGUGCGAUAUACAGCUACAGAAUGUGACUUUACACCCCGAAAGCGUCAUCAAGUCCACUCGGCUGAGUGACAGUCUCGCUCAAUGUGGCGAACUCUGCUGCCCAUUUGGGUACACAUGCCAAGGGAACAGCACCUGUGCCUUGGACAAGAAAACCGCCACAACAGCAACUGCUUCUCCGUCUAGCUCCUCGACUGCCGUCUCAAGUUCAAGUUCAACCAAGACAACGAACACAACACCAACCGUCACCCCUCAAGCAACCAUCACGCCCGUGCCUUCCCCGUCUUCAUCUGCCGAAAAGUCCGCCAACACCACGGCAUCUUCAGACCUCUCAGCGUCCUGUCCCGAGUACCCAGCAGCAGCCAUUGCAGUAGGCUUCUUCCCGGGUGCUAUAUUUGGCGCCAUAGCGGCCCUCCUAAUAAUGCUUUGCGCUCGGCACCGCGCCCACAAAAACGAAACCCAAAUCCAAGAGCCUAAGCCCCGGAUUGAUUGGACCCAGCGAUCCUCUUCAGGUGCCCUAGUAGGCAUAUCUCACCCGAUCCCCCAAGACGACACAUCCUACCGCACAGACUUCCUGCGAAGCCCCCCACAAGCCAAACGCUCCUCCAUCGGCGGCCGGUCAACCCGCUCAAUGGUGCAUCGCACCGGUAGCAAAGUCAGAAGUCUAUUCUCUGGGCACCCUCGGGCAGAUCCAAGACUAGACAAAGAUAUUCCCCCAGUGCCUGUCCCCAUGCCAAAUCCAGACGUUCCUUUCACGCCGCCUCGUCAACGCCAGCCAAGUACAGAGAGUAUUAAGAUUUACUCGCCGCCUGGGGCGUUGACAGAGCCACGCACAUUCUUAGGUCCAGAGCCUUAUCCGGGUUCUACUGCAAGGCCGGAGACUGCGUUCUCGGAUCUGAUGCAUGCCGGUGGAUACCCACAGAAUGGAAAUAAGCUGCCUUAUCCAACCCAUGAAGCAUCAGGGGAGAAUCCUUUCAAAGAUCCAAGCCAUUGA